GACACCGGAAGUUGUAGUCAAGCCGUUCACGUUCAUCAGGAGUGAACCGGUGAAGCAGGCAGAAGGGAGGGCCGGCGGACGAAGAAAGAAACCGAUAAUCCACGGAAUGAAACAUACUGAUGCUUGUUUCUCGAAACUCUACUAUCACCCACUCAACGCUCCUUCUCCUGGACAUCCUGACAGCAAGUGCCUGACGUGCAGGAGUUGAAGUGGCCUGCCUGAUUCCCAGGAGGGGGUUUGCUGUGGCUGUCUGCGUCUGUGUUUGUGGAGGAAAAGAGUGUUUUUGUCGUGCGGCUCUACUGUGUCCUGGUGUGUCAGAAGAGGAGUGUGUGUGACUGGAGUGUGUGAGCAGCUCUCCCUAUGUGUGUGACAAUGGGGGACAUCAGUGACCUGGACCGACAGAUAGAGCAGCUAAGACGCUGUGAGCUCAUCAAGGAAAAUGAAGUCAAAGCACUGUGUGCCAAAGCUAGAGAGAUUCUGGUUGAAGAAAGUAAUGUCCAGAGAGUAGACUCUCCUGUCACAGUGUGCGGUGAUAUACACGGGCAGUUCUAUGACUUGAAAGAGCUGUUUAGAGUUGGCGGAGAUGUUCCAGAGACAAAUUAUCUCUUCAUGGGUGACUUUGUGGACAGAGGUUUCUACAGCGUGGAGACCUUCCUUCUGUUGCUAGCUCUUAAGGUGCGGUAUCCAGACAGGAUCACGCUGAUCCGGGGGAACCAUGAGUCCCGGCAGAUCACACAGGUCUACGGCUUCUAUGAUGAGUGCCUCCGCAAGUACGGCUCAGUCACCGUCUGGAGAUACUGCACUGAGAUAUUUGACUACUUGUCCCUCUCCGCCAUUAUUGAUGGAAAGAUCUUCUGUGUGCACGGUGGCCUUUCUCCCUCAAUCCAGACACUGGACCAGAUCCGAACCAUUGACAGGAAACAGGAAGUACCCCACGAUGGGCCCAUGUGUGACCUCCUGUGGUCAGACCCUGAAGACACCACGGGGUGGGGGGUCAGUCCCAGGGGUGCUGGCUACCUAUUUGGGAGCGACGUGGUGGCCCAGUUCAACGCUGCCAAUGACAUUCACAUGAUCUGCCGAGCCCACCAGCUGGUCAUGGAGGGCUACAAGUGGCACUUCAAUGAGACGGUGCUCACCGUCUGGUCGGCACCCAACUACUGCUAUAGAUGCGGAAACGUGGCAGCCAUCUUGGAACUGGACGAGCACCUACAGCGAGAGUUUAUCAUAUUUGAAGCGGCACCACAGGAGACCAGAGGUAUCCCCUCCAAGAAGCCAGUGGCCGAUUACUUCCUGUGACGUCUCUGAGCAGGCAGCCACCACGUGUUGACUCUCCGGUUCUGUUUCCCACCAGCUGUCCUGCAGCCUCCUGCUUGACAGCUCUGUCAGCGUCAGCUCAGAGCAGUAAGACAGAAAAACCUGCUAACCCCUCUAAGCUUUAUCCACGGCCGCGUUGAAAGGAAGGAUUUUUGCCAUACUGCCCAAGCCUGACAGAGCAGUCACUGUGAAAGGUUAAGGGGCGUGGUGGAAACUGGGCCCAUGACUGUUGUAGUUUUUCUUCAGCUCUAUAAAAUGGCCAUCAGAUUUUUUUUCUUCUGUUUCUCAGCCUCAGUCUCCUUCCAUUUACAUCUCUGGCCCCCCUUUUUCUCUCUCUCUGUAGAUAUGACACCCUCCCUCUCACCACCCCUGUAGAAUUUUUACAUGAUGAACAUUGUCACUUAGUUUUAGGGGUACUUGGAAGGAGUCAAAACUUUUUUCUUUUCUUUUUUUUCCAAGAUAUGCAGACUUCAAAAGAUUCUGAAUUUCUCAUUGAAGUUUCUUGAAUGCAUUCAUUCUUUUACAUUGCUUUUCUUUUUGAUUUUUGUAUAAUUGUUGCUACCAGGAUUAAAUGCAAAAUGAACCCCCUCUUCACUUGGCUAAUAUCGUAUGUUUCUCUUUGUCUUCUGUGUGACACUAUUUAACAUAGUCAGUGCUGCUGCUCUGCAGCAUCAGAAAUCAUUACAGAAGUGAAAUGACUGGCCAAAAGGAGUCACUAUAUUCACAUUUUCCCCUUCUUAAUUCCUUUAAUCUAAGUCUCCAUAGAUCUGUCAAUUUUGAUAUUGUGAGAAUAAAGUUUUUGUAUCAAUGCUCCUCUA